UGUCUUUAAUGGGUACCCGUAGUAACACCGGAAGUCGUGUAUCCAUGCUGCAACAGAGAGCGUGUAACUGUCACAUUUUUCUGACUUUUCUGUGAUAUUUAUUUAUAUCUUAUUACAUUUUUGUUAUCAUAAAGACAUAUAAUGGCUGGAAGUCGACUUGAGAAAUUCGGGACCGUGUUUACGAGGGUUCGUGAUUUAAUGCGAGCUGGAGUCAUCAAGCACGAGGAAAGGCCCAUCUGGUUUGAUGUGUAUGCUGCUUUUCCUCCUAAGAGAGAACCUCUCUAUGAGAAAGGUGCGAGACCACUGAAGAGACAUGCAGCAGAUACUGUACCUCAAAUCUUAUACAAAGAGGAUGAAAUCCGAGCGAAGUUCUUUGAGGUUUAUGGUAAUGGACCAAGAGCCUUUGAACUCCUCAAGCCCAACUUUGUAUCACCAUGUCAGAGGUUUGUAAUGAAGUAUGGUGAAUUAGAAAGCAGAGGGGAUUUUGAACCUGAGCUGCUGUUUGAAGAGACUGCAAAAGCGCUGCUAGCAGAGGGCAUUUAUUUAAGAAAGAGAGGAGGACCUGCGCAGGUGGCACCACAGUCUCGGGACCCUUUGCUGAACAUGAAGUUGACUGACAUGUUGGCAGAGCAGCAAAGAGACACAGACACAGAGACAAAUAUUCCAGAGAAACAGCCAGAGGCAGAGACGGUGAACCCUGACGGACAGACAUCAUCAUAAAUGUCCCCCUUCUCCUCUGUUAGGACAACAUAAACUGCACUUGCCUCUAGCACAUCAGUGUGCUGGCCAGUCAUGCAUUUUUGAUACAUCAAACACUGGGACACAGAUAUAGUUUGUACAGUUGUGGAUACUAUGUUAACUCACAUGUGUCUUUACCCCUCCUGAUGUCAAAUGAGUGAUGUAGAAGACAUGUUUGCACAGUCAAAAUGGCUUCGUCUUGAGGUCUUUAUAGCCAAGCAGCUGGGGUUUAGUGAAUGACUUCAUAAUACAGAUCUAGCAAGUGUUUUCAUUUCUGUGAAAAGUGUCUAAUGUCUUGUGUAAUAAAAUAUGUGGAGUGUUUAAUGAAA